AUGGUUGGUUCUUUACCUCCAGAAAUUGGAAAUCUAAAGGCUGCGACACUAAUUGAUCUGUCAAUGAAUCAAUUCUCAAAUGGUAUUCCUAUAGAAAUUGGAGGAUUGCUAAAUCUAGAGAACUUUACUUUGAGACACAACAAGUUGCAAGGAUCUAUACCUGACUCAAUGAGCAACAUGGUAGGUUUGGAAUUUCUAGACAUUUCUCAUAAUAAUAUAUCGGGAACUAUUCCCAUGUCUUUGGAGAAACUUCAAUACCUCAAGUAUUUUAAUGUUUCUGACAAUAAGUUGCAUGGUGAAAUACCAUCGGGGGGUCCUUUCAAGAACCUCUCGAGUCAAUUUUUCAUCAACAACGAAGCAUUGUGUGGUAUAGAAGAGGUAAACGAGCUCCUCAACAAACUGGUUCAUUGUCUAUGGCAACAACAGAAAGAAUUUUCAUACUAUGAACUGCUCCAAGCAACUGAUUCGCUUAGCGAGAGUAAUCUGAUUGGUUCUGGAAGUUUUGGCUCUGUCUACAAAGGCAUUCUCAGAAGUGGAACUCAUAUUGCAGUUAAAGUGUUCAAUUUGCAACGGGAAGCGGCAUUCAAGAGUUUUGAUACAGAAUGUGAAGUUUUGCGCUGCCUUCGCCAUAGGAAUCUCGUGAAAGUCAUCACUAGUUGUUCCAACCUUGAUUUUAAGGCUUUAGUGCUCGAGUUUAUGCCUAAUGGAAGUCUUGACAAGUAUUUGUAUUCAAACAACUACUUCCUAGACAUUAGGCAGAGACUUAGCAUUAUGAUAGAUGUAGCAUGCGCGUUGGAAUAUCUUCAUCAUGGAUGCUCCUCUCCGGUGAUUCAUUGUGACCUGAAGCCUAGUAACGUCUUGCUGGAUAAGGAUAUGGUUGCCCACCUAAGCGACUUUGGUAUUUCAAAACUGCUUGGUGAAGAUGAGAGUGAUUUAUACACUAAAACCUUAGCAACAUUGGGUUAUAUUGCACCAGAGUAUGGACUGGAUGGAUUGGUGUCUAUAAAAUGUGAUGUCUAUAGUUAUGGGAUCAUGUUGCUAGAGACGUUUACUAGGAAAAAGCCUAAUGAGUUUGAGGGAGAUCUUAGCUUGAAGCAAUGGGUGAGUUAUUCAUUCCCAGAGGCAGUAAUGGAUGUUGUAGAUGCCAACUUGAUAACAUCAAUGGAUAAUUGCUUACAGAAGGAGUUAGAUAUCGUGGCAUCAAUCAUGAAAGUGGCAUUAGAUUGUUGUGCUGAAUCUGCGGCAAGAAGGACAAACAUGAAAGAUGUUGUAGGGAUGCUACAAAAGAUCAAGAUUCAACUUCUUGCAUGCUGAGCAAUGUUCUCGGAAUCACUUAUUUGUUGCAAAUGUUUACUAAAUUGUUGGAUUCAUGUAAGGAUUGGUUUUUUUUUUUAGUCACUUGAUUUGUGCAUGAUUCUGUUUUGGAAUACUGGUUGGUUUCAAUAAAUCUCACAAUUUCCCUUCCA